UGGAGACAUAGAAAGGAGGUAACUCUGAGAUGAGUGGCGCAGGCUGCGGGGUGGUGUGCCACGGACAGCUGAGCUCAGAGCUUGGAGGAGCACAAAGCAGGUUUCCCCCGACAACCCGACCGUGUCGCUAUCGUGACGGGAGGGACAGACGGCAUCGGCUAUUCGACGGCAAAGCAUCUGGCAAGACUCGGCAUGCAUGUUAUCAUAGCUGGAAAUAAUGACAGCAAAGCCAAACAAGUUGUAAGCAAAAUAAAAGAAGAAACCUUGAACGACAAAGUGGAAUUUUUAUACUGUGACCUGGCUUCCAUGAUGUCCAUCCGGCAGUUUGUCCAGAAGUUCAAGAUGAAGAAGAUUCCUCUCCAUGUUCUGAUCAACAAUGCUGGGGUGAUGAUGGUCCCUCAGAGGAAAACCAGAGAUGGAUUUGAAGAACAUUUCGGCCUGAACUACCUGGGGCACUUCCUGCUGACCAACCUUCUCCUGGAUACGCUGAGAGAGUCCGGGUCCCCUGGCCACAGUGCAAGGGUGGUCACCGUCUCCUCCGCCACCCAUUACGUCGCUGAGCUGAACAUGGACGACCUUCAGAGCAGGCCCAAUGUCAGAUUGUGGCGUGCGGCUUUCUGCUACCCACGGCUGCCUGAUGAGACAGCGGCUGGAGGCAGAACGGAGUCCCUGGAGGGGUUCAAUGAGGGCGUCACUGCUCCUCCUGCAAGCAAUUCACAUAUGCCUUUUGGACAACGGGAAGGGGCAUCUCAGAAAAUCUCAGCUCAGGUUGCGAUUCCCCCGGGUGCCUGCUACUCAGCCCACGCAGCGUACGCCCAGAGCAAGCUGGCCCUUGUCCUGUUCACCUACCACCUCCAGCGGCUGCUGGCGGCCGAGGGAAGCCACGUGACCGCCAACGUGGUGGACCCUGGCGUGGUCGACACGGACCUCUACCGGCAUGUGUUCUGGGGCACCCGCCUGGUGAAGAAGCUUUUCAGCUGGUUGCUUUUCAAGACCCCCGAUGAGGGAGCGUGGACUUCCAUCUACGCAGCGGUCACCCCAGAGCUGGAAGGAGUUGGUGGCCGUUACCUGUACAACGAGAAGGAGACCAAGUCUCUGCAUGUCACCUACAACCAGAAACUGCAGCAGCAGCUCUGGUCUACGAGUUGUGACAUGACUGGGGUCCGUGAUGUGACCCUGUGAUAUCCUGCCUCAGGAUACUUGCUGUCCCUAGAAACACACUGCACCUGUCAGUGGCUUGUGGGUCUGUGAAGACUGCAGUGUUUCAGUUUCUCAUACCCACCUGCCCACAGGGCUCUGUCCUCUAGUUUUGAGACAGCUGCCUCAACCUCUGCAGAACUUCAAGAAGCCAAAGAAACAUUUUGGGGAAUAAUCAGCCCGGGUGGUCCUCAACCAUAAACCUUGUGAUUCCAAAGUGCCCAGUUAUCACACGUGCCAUAAAUAAUUACAUUUUCCAACACAAA